AUGAAUUCGAAAGAAUCUGAUUUUCAUCUACUUUUUAUUAAUGAUACCAUAUUGAAGGGUGGUGUUAAAGCACUUAUUGCUUGCGGAUUAUUUUCGAAGGAUAGUGAAACGCGAGAUCAGGCCUUUUGGGCAAUUGGUAAUAUCGCUGUGGAUUGUGAACAGUGCCGUUCUAAAGUACGACAAAGUGGAGCACUAAAUGCUUUGACUGCUUUAUUCCAAAAACCUGACUUCAUGUCAUCGAAACAUAAACGAAAUACCAUUUGGGCAUUAUCACAAAUAGUGAGAGGUGGAAUUCAACCACUUUUACGAGGAGUUAGUAUCGCAUUAUUUCAAGGAUUGCAUAAAAUUUUAUGUAUGGAAGAUCCUCUUCUAAGAACAGAUGCAACGUGGUCGAUCGCGUAUAUCACUGAAAAUGUAAUAAAUGGUGGUGGAGAAGUUGAAACAAUUCUUCAAACUCCAAAUUUGGUGAGAAGGCUGAUUGAACUGCUUUACGACGAUGAAGCGAUGCAUCCUGCGCUGCUUGCAUUAGGAAAUCUUGUAACUGGCGAGGAAGAUGAUACACAGCGAGUGCUGAAUGCAGGACUUUUGUCACAUUUAGUUCGAUUAUAUAGAACAAAAGAAGGCUCAAAUAUAUUUCGAUGUGAAAUUAUCUGGAUAUUAAGCAAUAUAGCUGCUGGAUCGCAAGCUCAAGUCGAUCUCCUUUUUGGUAUUGACGAUAUAGAUAAAAUAUUGAUAGAAGGAAUAUCCUCUAACGAUUCACGGAUGAAAAAGGAGUGCAGUUGGACAAUAGUAAAUGCAUUGAGAAAUGCAAGUGUGCAGCGUUUAGAAUGGUUAUGUUGCACCUGCUUGCCGAGUGCUAUUCCGGUUAUAUUCGCGUUCACAAAAGAGCGAUAUCUUAUCGAAAGAGCACUAUUUGCUAUUGAGAAUAUUCUUGUUGAGAAGCGCAAUUAUUUGCCUGCUUUUCAACAACUUGGGAUUAUAAAUUGUGUGCGAUCAAUUGAAUCAGAUGCCAAUAGUUCAAUUGGUUUUUUUGCAAAGGUUUUUGAAAGCAAUUUUCUUCUACCUGAAAUGUAG